GUACAAACAUUUACAAACUUUCACAAGUAUUGAAGAACAGCUUUUGCCAUUCAAAGGUGAAUUGUGGAAUAAUCACAGGAAUAUUUUGAGUGUCUGAAAAUAAAUGAAAAUCAAGACAAUGGCUGUUCUGCUGCUGGUUCUGCUGCUCUGUGCUGGAAGCUCAAUUGCUCAAGAUUUAUUGUCACCAAGUGUGGACAUUAUUGCUGAGCUGGAGAAGCUAAAGCACAUGGAUGGAAGGAUACAAAAACUAGAAGAAACACUGACCAAAGUAUUGAGUGAGAAUGAAGCUUUGAAAACCGAAGUACGAGAUUCACAAAAUAAGCUUGAAACUGUCCAAAAAGAGAGUGAAGCUUUGAAAACCCUAGUACAAGAUUCACAAAAUAAGCUUGAAUCUCUCCAAAAAGAGAAUGAAGGCAAAAAGGUUGCUUUCUCAGCUGGACUUCUGGCUUCUGGAACAGGAAAAAUUGGGCCCAUUGGUGAUACCAAAACUCUGGAAUACAAAAAAGUCUUUAGUAAUGUUGGAAAUGCCUAUGACUCAAAUACCGGUAUUUUCACAGCACCAGUAAAAGGAGUCUAUUACUUCAGAUUUUACGGUCAUUGUCAUGAUGGAACCACAAUGGCGAUCAGUCUCUUGAAGAAUGGUCAAAGCCAGUGCUCCGUUCAUGCCUGGAAGCCUGCUAGCAAUGGUAACGCCAGCAAUGGUGUCGUUCUCACACUGGAGAUCGGUGACAAGAUUAAUACAGUACUGUGGAGGAACACCUGGGUUUAUGAUGAUCCUGCAAGUUACACUAGUUUCAGUGGCUUUCUGAUUUUCCCCUUGUGAAUGUAUGAAUGUAUGAUUUUCCCCUUGUGAAUAUGAAAAAUAAUAAAAAACUAAAAUUCUCA